CUCCCAAAAAACAAAGAAAACCAAACGAAGCAAGACACUGUUCUGGGCUCGGGCCCACCAUUUGUCCUCCUCCGCCGGCGACUCGCCGAUGCCCUUGCCGGACUGCGGCCGCCGCGGCUUCCCCACCCUACCGCUCCUCCUUCUCGUCCUUCACGCGCUCCCCAGGCGGCUCCCGCGGUGCGCGGCCGAGUCGGCGACGUGCCUCGCGGUGUACCGGGAGGGGGGCGCCCCCGCGGUGUUCCAGUCCGCGCACUGCCCGCGCUGGACCCUCCCCCCGCACGACGGCCAGGGGGGUGGCGGGGGAAAGAGCAUCCCUAUGGGGUGCCACGUGGCGGCGGAUCGCGGCCGCCGCCGGUCCCAGGAGGACCGUGCCGUCUGUGCCCUCGGCAUCCGCAUCCCCUUCGUAGGGGUUGAUAAGAUGGAAAGCACCGAAGUCCAAACUGGACGCUGAUUCCAGAUAGUAACACCAGGAACAUUCUGGAGGUUUACUGUUCAAAGAUACACACCAUAAGCUGGGUGUCAAUCGUAACACUGUGAAUUUGCUGGAGAGAACAUGAGAAUUAAGGAGGUUGAUGUGGGAGUGGUGGCAAUAUUUGACGGUCAUAAUGGAGCUGAGGCUAGUGAGAUGGCUUCUAAGCUUUUUCUGGAUUACUUCUUGCUCCAUGUUUAUUUUCUUCUCGAUGGCAUACACUCUCUGCGGUUCAGAAAAUCUACUGGGAAACUGACAUAUAGGGAAGUUACUAUUUUUAACAAUGUAUUUAAUCUGUACAAGCAUGGCCAAUCCGACCAUGCAGAGAGGUCAUGUUGGGCAUCACCAGCCAUUCUAGACCGGUCAUUUCAUACGGAAAUUCUGAAGGAAUCACUAAUGAGGGCAGUUCAUGAUAUUGAUUUAACAUUCUCCAAGGAGGCAUUACAGAACAAUUUUGAAUCUGGUUCAACAGCGACCGUGGUCUUGAUAGCUGAUGGACAAAUUAUAUCUGCCAAUGUUGGAGAUUCAAAAGCUUUUCUGUGCUCCGAAGGAUAUAAUCUGCACCAUCGAAAUAGGAAACGAAGGAGAAAGAGAAACUCAAUUAAUCACGAGGAAUUUGCUUUGGCAAAUUAUGAUGGACCGUUGUAUCAUGCAAGGGAGUUGACAAAGGACCAUCAUCCUAAUAGAGAAGACGAGAGAAACCGUGUGGAGGCUGCUGGUGGUUAUGUUCUUGAGUGGGCUGGUGUAUAUCGUGUUAAUGGCGAGCUAGCACUAUCAAGAGCUAUUGGUGAUGUUCCUUACAAAAGAUACGGUGUAAUAUCAACACCUGAAUUGACAGGCUGGCAGAUUCUGUCAGAAAAUGACAGUUUUCUUAUUGCGUCAUCUGAUGGGAUCUUUGAGAAAAUGACUAUGCAAGAUGUUUGUGACCUAAUGCUGCAUGCAAAAAUUCGUGUUAAACAUGAUUUUGGAUCCUCUGCCAUAACACAACGUAAUUUGGCAGAUUACGUAGUUCAUGUUGCUUUACAGAAAGGCACAACAGACAAUGUGGCUGCUGUGGUUGUUCCAUUGGGAUCACCUGGUAGCACUGGUACUACAUUAAAAGAUUCGUCCCAGUUCGAAGAAGAUCUCAAGAUAUCUAUUUCUCCAAUGUUGAAUGUUCCAUAUGGAUUGAAGCCUGCAGAUCAUGGACAUAGUUCAGCUGUCAUUGACAUGGAGUAUUUCAAGCGCUCAUCAAUAAAGUUCCAGAGGUUCUUGGUUGAAGCAAAACCUAAGAAACUUGGUUGUUUCUAUUUAUCCGAGAGUCUGGAUGAAGAUAUGGACUAUAUAUUUAGGGUGCCGGAAGCAUACCAGCGUGAAGAAGUCCAUGACUUCAACCACAUACCAGCUGAGACUGCCUUAUAUUCUGAUGGUAAUCUGGAAAAAUACAAGGACAAACACUUUUGCUUGUACCUUGGUCCCGAAGAUGGCGAAAUGGGACAGUGCAAUGGUCCUGAAGCUUUUGCAAACUUUUUUGGUCUACUUGACUCCCUUCCGCAUAAUGGAAGCAAACCAAAUGGUUCACACUCCUUUGGCAACACGAUCGAUUUCAGGUACAAGCUCAAGAGAAGGUUUGAUCGUGGGUCGUACGGUGAAGUCUGGUUGGCAUUUCAUUGGAAUUGUUCUGAAGAUACAGAUGUUCAUAAAGAGCCUCCACACUUUACAAAUAUAUCUCAAUCAGAGAUGUAUAAUUGCACAAGUUCAGGCAGAAUGUCAUCUGAUGAAGAUCAUGGUUCAGGCACAGUAAAUGGUGAUUUAUUCAUACUGAAGCGCAUAAUGGUGGAGAGGGGAAAUGCAGCUUACUUGAGUGGAUUGCGGGAGAAAUACUUUGGGGAAUUAUUUUCAAAUGCUUCCAGGACUCUUGAAGGUUUGUCGAGGAUAGAAUCAUCGACUAUCUCAGUGGACAUGCUAUAUGAUCCUGAUAUCCAUCUAGAAAAGAACUUGUCAGCUACUGAAGAACCACUUAAGCAUGUGGCUAGGUUUAUAGAAUCUUUUGAAUCAGAAUCAAGGGAAAUUUGGCUGGUGUAUCACAAUGAAGGCCACUCAUUAUCAAAAUUGAUAUAUACAGCUGAAGAAACGAAGUUAGUCACUGGCAACAAUAAUGAGAGGGUCAGACAUAUCCAAGUUUUGCACCCAUCGAAGUGGUGGCAUUGGCUAAGGACAACAAAAGCUGGGCUAAAGCAGAUGCAAAACCUCUUAUGGCAGCUGUUGAUGGGACUGAAGGCUUGUCAUGAUCGUAAUAUCACCCACCGGGAUAUCAAACCUGAGAACAUGAUCAUUUGCUUUGAGGACAUGGAGACUGGAAAGUGUCUAAGAGAGGUUCCAUCUGAAGCAAAGCAAAAUAAGCUGAACAUGCGUCUGAUUGACUUCGGCAGUGCCAUUGAUGAUUACACGUUGAAGAAUCUUUAUGGUCCAGGACCUACUCGAUCUGAACAGACAUUUGAGUACACUCCUCCAGAGGCACUCCUUAAUUCAAACUGGUUUCAAGGAUCAAGAAGUGCAAGGCUUAAGUAUGACAUCUGGAGCGUUGGAGUUGUCAUGCUAGAGUUGAUGAUGGGUUCUCCCCAUGUUUUUCAGAUAAGUGACCGUACACGCAUUUUAAUGGAUCAGCAUCUCGGAGGGUGGAGUGAACAAACAAAGGAGCUUGCAUACAAGUUGAGGUCAUACAUGGAGUUGUGCAUUUUAGUCCCAGGGAUUUCCUCGCAACAUCAUGGCAGUGGUAGCCCAGAACAGGGUCAAUUUGGGUUAGCUUCUUGGAAAUGCUCUGAAGAAUCAUUUGCACAUCAAGUGAAGAUCAGAGAUCCUCUCAAGAUUGGUUUUCCUAAUUUAUGGGCGUUGCGACUUGCACGCCAGCUACUUGUGUGGCAUCCUGAGGAUCGGCUAAGUGUCGAUGAAGCACUAAAUCAUCCUUACUUCCAGGAGCCAAUGUAAUGUAAGGAGAGGAGAUUAGUGAUAACUAACCGACGAAUCUUCAGCUCAGUCCUUUCAAGUUCAAGCCGCAUGCAUUUGGUUAGAGGAAUUCAUGAAUCGUUUGUAAUUUACCAUCCUAGCUGUGUCAUAAGAUGUUGUGAAUAUAACAUGAAGUAAAAGAUAGUAGCAUAAGUGAAAUUACAUGUGUAACGACUUUGCCCUUACAAGCUACAGCAUUAGGCCAGACUGCCUUUGGUUGCAAUCACUAAUGAGGAAGAACGUUAUCUAUUUGUUAAUGUAAACA